CCCACCCCCUCAUCUUCAAAUUUCACUCAGCUCGUCAGGUUCGUCAGGCUCUGGCACAAUAAUCCUCUUCUAUCUGCAACACUCACCUACUGAGGAGUAUCCAUGCCAGUCUACUACACGAUGAGCUAGGCUGCAAACCGCCAUAUUCGCCUGUGAUGGCCGAAAUCCUCGGCGUGGUGGCGUCAGGCAUUAGCGUCGCUCAACUCGCAGGCCAAAUCAUCGCCACCGGAAUCAAGGUAAAAGGCUUCCUGGACGAGAUUUCCGACGCCCCGGAAACCCUCAGUUUUCUCAUCGGCCAGAUACAGGUCCUCGCGCCAGUCCUUUGCGAGUUUGAUGACGUUCACCACUCUAUGGUGGCUUCAGAAUCCCUCAAAGGUUCCCUCCAAGCCGCCGUUCUGCAAUGCCAAAAGGCGCUGGACCACCUUGAGUCACUGUCUGCCGAGUUGCACACCCAGAUCCAGACUUCAACAGGCUUCAGACAGAAACUUCGCACAGCAAAGGUUUUGCUGAAGAAAGAACAGCUGUUGAAGCAUGAACGACGAUUAUCUAUGGCCGUGCAACUACUUGCACUGGCUCAACAGACUUACAUGCUCUCCCUGCAGCGUAUUCAGCCGGCACAAGUUGUAUCCGGUCUCAUGCAUGCCCUACAGAAUGCAAGUUCUGCGCAAACCACAACAUCUACAGCUCCAGCUCCAGCUCAUGCAGUUUCUUCUGCUGGGUCACUGAUAGGUCCAUUCAAGCCCAGAUCUGGAAGCUACAAGAUCGGUCUCGCGAGCCUGACUGGGAGUGUUGAGAUAUAUGUCCCGUCAGGCCCCAAAAAGCCGGAUGUUCAGUCGCCAUCGGAACGGGAGCAGCCAGUCUUUGCGGUUACCAUCCGGAUGCCGACAUGGCUCUGUUACCGGGCUUUUCAGUCGGUCGUCCAUCGAUGCCAAAUAGGUUGGAACCACUACUUUCGCACUCGCACCGUUUAUCCACGCAAGUCACCGCACUGGCGACGUCUGGUGGAUCUAGUUAUAGACGACGACGUGGUAUCUCUUCAACGGGAGUUGGCAUCCGCAGACUGGGCGCCUGACGACUGUGAUGAGUAUGGGCAGACUCUUUUGAUGACUGUAAAUACAUGGGGCAGUUGGAGAGUCGGCAAUUUCCUGGUCAGCCACCGGGCUAGGCUAGGUGUAAUCUUCCCCAACUUCAAACCUUUUUUCUGCUAUUUUCCAAAGUUUGACACCCAAGAGUUCCGCACUUAUAUUCAGCAAGAAUUCGACAACGAGCUGUUUGCUUUUAAUAUCCUCGCCAAUUAUGACUACUGUUCAUUGGUCGGAUUUCAACAGCUCAGACGCCUUGUCUGUCCAGAUACUCAAUUCUACUCCGAGGGGUUUGGAGAUGUCAGACGCUACUUUGCCAUUGAGUUGAUGACGUGGCCUGGAGUUAACCUCUUAUAUUCGACAAGCAUUAUCCGACACACACUCUCCAAAGACGGCCACCUACAGGAAGAAGACGUUGGCGACGGCACCGAAGUUGGAUCCUAUGGAUGCACUCUUUUACAAAGCCUCGCAGCUUGCCUUGGGUUAAGUCACUGGUUUCACUCUUCUAUUACCGCAGAUUGGCGAGGUUUAUUAAGCGAAUUCUUUGCCAUCACCGGUGUGAGAGAUUCACUUUGGGGGACAACGCUUUGCUGUUUACUGAAUGAGACAAUUUUCCUGAAAUUUAUAAGGGGAAAUCAUAUGCUAGAGUCGACGCCAAUGGCGAAGCGCAUCAGAGUCGCCGAGAAAGCACUAAAGACGUGGCUAGAAGUGUUACGGGAAUCUGGUGUUUCCCUUGACGAGUACGGAAAGGUAGAGGCCAGGUUCGCCGCAGAAUAUUUCAUAAGCGGCAUAAAGCGUGGAGUCUUUUGGCGCGGCCCAGAAUGGAUCUUGGAAGUUAUUAUGGUUGAUUAUGGACCAGAGGUGCAUGACUGGAAGAUCUGGUGGUCGGAGGCAUCGGACCAUUUCGCUGGGGAAUUCUGGGAGAUGGUGGAGCCAAAGCCUUCACUCAUGCCGGGCAGCUGGGUUGAAGACGAGUGACCAUUUACAUUGAAGCCGGAAACUUAGAACCCCCGGAGUGGCUCCGCUCAGUCUGCCGCGCCUAGAAAUCGCACAGAGAGUUCCUUGAUGCGCAUUGCAGAAUUUACGAAAUCUCGUAAUUAUUCGAAACUAGGUUAUCCUCUUUCCCCCCACGUACUAGCUUCCUCAAUCUCC